UUAUAGCAAAUAACAUGGAACAUAGUUUUCAAUUUUCAAUUUUCCCGCGUUCUAUCGUUAUCGUUUUCGUAAGAACAAGUCGAACGUCAAGGUGCGUCUCAUAAUAAUGAAUUAUUCAAAGUAAAUACGAGUUGCAAGCAUCUUUUGAAAUAGCGUAAAGUUUCAUAGUCAAGGCCAAAUAUUUGAAUUCGUUUCAUUUAAAUAACGAAAUGUCGUUAACCAAAUGUCAAAACAGAUUGAUAAACUUGACAAAUUCUUAGCAAUAUGUCCGAUUAUUUUAUCGUGUUUUACAAUAAAUCUAAAAAUAUAUCGUAUACCAAGGAAACCGUCAUUCAAAAAAAUAAAAACGGCAAUGAAUACUCUCGAUUAGAUACGUUGCAUUAUCGUGAAACACAUAUACGUAUAUAUAGAUAUGUAUAAAUCGAGCACGCGCGAAUAUACGUGAACAUACAUACGUAAAAGACGUUGAAAGUAAAUGCGUGAGCGUGUACAAUUAUUUACGGAAGUAGAAGAAGAAGAAGAAUCUCGACGCCAUUCACCUGAUUCCGUUAAAGAUAUCGCUCUCGCACCUUUCUCCAACUUCUUUUUUCUGGAAACUUCGUGAUAUAAAUUCACGCGCUAGUCUACGCACUCUCAUUAGUAUCACGUUAGAAGAAAUACCUAGAUGAAUCAAUAAAGAAAGCUGGCUGGAUAUUUCACAAAUGGAAAGUAUUAUAUAAGCUUCCUUUCGUAUUAAAAGAACUACUUUCUAUAAAAAAAAGAAUACUUUCCAAGUAUUUAUAUCUUGUGUGAUCGCUCGUAACGGAAAGAUUCAAGAACAAUGGAUAUAAAUUUUAUACGUUAUUUAUUUAUAUUUUUCUCUUGUACAAUACUCGUUUUUGGAUUUCUUAUUCUCUAUGCUGAAGCUUAUUUACCUGUUUUAAUUACACGUACGUUUAAUUAUGGUAAAUAUGCAAUUAAAAUUCAUCAACCUAUAAUUGCAAAAAUUGAACUGCCAAAAAAAUGGUUUAGACAUUUCUAUGUCUUUGCAGCACCAAUGUUUACUUGUUCUUUUAUCCUAUUUUUCUAUAAAUAUUUUAUGAAUGGAACAAUUCCAGAAAUUAUAUAUUGGUUAUUAGAUACAUCACUUGGCACGUCUAGAAAAGCAUUAAUAUCACCAGAAUGUGGAUUUUUAACUAUAAUACUUCUUACUAUUCAUUGUUGGAAAAGAUUCUAUGAAACGCAUUAUGUUAAUGUUUUCUCUGAUAAAAAAAUUAAUAUUUUUCAUUAUAUAGUUGGAUAUUUACAUUAUAUAGGAACAAUAUUAAGUAUUAUGGGUGAAUCAUAUGGUUUCAUUCGAGAUUCCAAAGAAUUACUUUAUUGGCAUAAAUUAACGUUCCUGCAAAUAGUUUGUGCUAAUAUAUUUUUAUUAUCCUCGUUAGUACAAUUACAAAGUAACUUUAUCUUAGCUAAUUUAAGAAAAUCUGAAAAUAAUAAAGUUGUCUUUGAUGGCUAUAAAGUACCGCAUGGUGGCUUAUUUGAAUAUUUGUCUACACCAUUGCAAUUUACAGAAAUUUUAAUUUAUUUAAUGUUAUCUAUUAUUCUUUGGCAAAGUAAUACAUUUCAUUACAUUACAUUUUGGGUUGUAAUAAACCAAGUACAAUGUGCUAUGAUGACUCAUUUAUGGUAUAAAAAAACUUUUCAAAACUACCCAAAAAAACGUAACAUUUUAAUCCCGUAUUUAUUCUAAAAGUAAUUA